AACAGGGAGGAGAAGAAACGCAGAUUACCUCGAUGGUAUUAUUAUUACCAGAGGCAAAUGAUGGAACAGAGAGAGAGAGAUUAAGGGUGACCACCUAAUCUGAGCUAUCAGAUUUACACUGAUAAAAUGAAAUACUUCUGGUCAUGACGCAACACCUGCUAAUUUGAUUGUCGCUUGUUGCUCUCGCAGAAUAAACCGCAUAGAUCGCCGACGCUUUCUUUCUUUCUUCAGUGAUUUGCUUUGCAAGUCCGCUGGUACGGUUUUCCUCUUAUUGGUCGAGCAGUAUGCUGAUUUGAGAGACAGGACGGUUAGUUUGCUCCCAAACACCGUCAGUCUGUCAGUGGUCUGGAAAUGCCAAAGCGCCUCCUCGCUGCUCGCGAGCUCACGCACACAAAGCAGAGGGUUCCGGUAGCGCGAGCUGGAACGAUCCACUGAUGCCGCAUCUUCGGUUAGGUGUUUAACUGCUCCUUAAAAACGUCGAGGAGAAUUCCUUGUCCUCAGACGUUUCUUUUUUUUCUUCUUUCUUUCUUUUUUUUUUUUUUUCUUUUUUUUUUUUCUUUUUUUUUUGGUUUGCGGAUUUAGACACGGGAUUGUUUUGUGAUGGGUGGCGGAAACGAAUCGCGGAUUUUUUCUCUUUUUAUAGAGACCAAAGUGAGCAGAUUUCCCACUGUUGAUAGUAAGUUUUAUCUUGAUAGGAAGCAAUCGGAGGAACAGAGGAUUAUUUAGGGGCAAAGGAUACUUACUCAAGAGAAUAGUACUUUUCACACACAGUUUUCCCAACAGAGAGUGGGUUUUCUGGUCCGCAACAUUGGAUUGUACAUUUUGUUUGACUGACGCAGGCUCGUUUUGGAGUAUCUUAUUUGGAAAUUUCGGUGCUUUUAUUCUACAUUUCGGGGAAGAAACUACAUCUUAUAAACAAGAAACCCGGAUGAGACGAAGUUAUGGAUAUGCCAAUGAAAUAAAACCUGUACCCCCAGGUCAAAUGACCGCUAUCAUCUGUUCUCCGAUCUGACCACUCUGUUUAUGACAUGGAAAAACGGGGACUCCACAGCGUCCUUUAUUAUUUAAUUCUGAAUGCGCCCCUGCUAUUCUGUGUAAAUGCCACAUUUACUGAAGUGCCCAAAGAUGUGAGUGUCGGUGAGGGCGAGGACAUAGAGAUGCCGUGCGCUUUUCGAGCCGUCGGAGUCUCGCCGUUCUCUCUGGAGAUUCAGUGGUGGUACCUCAAGGAAGCCGCUCCUAAAGAGCUCGCUCACGAACUGCAGAUUAGCGCUCCGGCCAACAGAGCCAAGGUUGCCCACCGGGACGCCACGAAAAUAAGCACGGUGAGGGUCCAGGGCAACGCUAUUUCCCACAAGCUCAGCCUAUCGGGUGUGCGGAAGGAGGACGAGGGAGUGUAUGAGUGUCGGGUUUUGGACUUGUACUCUGAUGAGACUCAGGAAUACAAGGUGCAGGCCACUCUGCGCGUGACACCGCGCGAGGGAAUGCUGGCCGAGGAGGCUGUAUCUCACAUCCAGAACCGAUGGCCACUGAGGAACAGCAACACAGCGACGGGUGGACGGGCCACUUCUGAGCCGGGCCAGGGUCAGGGGAAACCCCGCGUGCCUCCGCCGGUUGGAGUAGGACCCGCUCCUCCUUCAACGACUACAACGGGCUCUGCAGUCAAGUCGUCGGCUUCGCCUCGGCCGGGCAAUUCAUCUAUCCUGAGACAACAACACGGAUCCGGUUCUGGAGCCAUGGCAACCACUGAGCCACUCCUUUUCUUCACUCUGCUGCUCCUACAUAAGCUCCUCCCCUUCCUGUUUGCCUGCUAAGAGACCACAGCCAAACAGCUCCCAAUGAUCUCACUUUAUGUACCAAACGACAAAGGGAAAAUAUAACUACAUAUAUAUAUAACUAUAUCUAAAUAUAUCUACCAUUGUGGCUCAUCACAGAGAGGAAUGGGAUAUGAUAUCAUAUGGGAAUAUAAAUAUAGUGGUGGGGGAAAAAAAUCUGAAUAAUAAAGAGAAGGCCAUGUUUUGUUUUGUUUUCUGGGACUUGUGUAGAAGAUCCAUCUCAGAUUUGGAUGUAAAAUGGAUUCUAUAAGAAGCAUGAUGAAAAACAACAAAAAAAUUAAAAGGAGUCUAUGUGAAUUAGAGCUUCACAACUGUGUGAUACACACAACUGACACCCAUAAACGCUGCAUCCAAUUUCCAAAUACUAGUGUUUGCCUUGCUAAAUGCAUGGCUCUCUUAAUUUAUUAUCAUUGUUGUUUAUUUUUAUAUAUAGUUGUUUUUAUGAUUAUGAUUAUGAUUUUAUUAUUAUUAUUAUUAUUAUUAUUAUUAUUAUUAUUAUUAUUAUUAUUAUUAUUAUUAUUAUUAUUAUUAUUAUUUAGUAUUAGUAUUAUUUUUUCUGUUUUUUUGUUUGUUUGUUUGUUUGUUUUUUCUGUUUUCCUUUUUUUUUCAGUACGGUUUUAAUUUUCUUUUCCAUUGUUCUUAUGGAAGUACCUGAUAUUGAAUCAUAAACAACUUGGACUUUUGAGUGUGCAUUGUUUUUCGUCAUUUGCUUUUUGAUAAUUUAAUCCAACUUUUUUUGCAUGAACUAUUCUGCUGUCUAAUUUUUAAUUUCAUUGUUGUGAAAGAGGGCACUCUCUCAUGUCAGUUCUUUCUAUAAGACUGUGUGUAAUACUGUGUAUUCAGUUCCCUCACAUCUGAUUCUGAGUUCUCAAGCAUUUUUGUCUCAUAAUGUAUAAAAAUGCAACCUUAUAUAUUUUGAUCAAAUAAGGCACAUGUUACCAUAGUUGUUGUUAGUCACCUCUAAUAAUGUUUAUUUUUAUUAAAGGUAUAGUGUUCAAAAUAAAACAUUCAUUUAUAGAAUUUAAAAAGAAAGAAAGAAAAAAAAAACAUCGCUAUGUUGCAAACACGGUUGAAAUAAAAGUUGUUUCUUUAAAAAAAAAAAAAAAAUAGUUCUUUAGGUUUUUACAUCUCAAAGGCUUUUUUUUUAAUUCUAGUGCAUUAACAAGUGUGUCCAGGCUAAACACUCUAGCAUCCCACAUUUGUCAUGAACUGUAAUGUAUUCUUCACAAGAGGAUAAGCCCAAUUCCAGCUGAAAAACACAUUACUCUCGCUAGCAUCACCAACUGAGCACAGCUGGCAUACAACUCAUGGUUCAUUUCAUUAGUCAAAUGUAAGUCACCCUGUCAAAUAACUCUUAACUCUCUGCUGGGGUCUUCACUGAACCCUGCUCCACUCUCUUCCGCUCUACCUAAACACAUCUCCUGAUGAAUGGCAGAGACAUUGUUCCUUGCUAAAACACUGCAUUCUAUUGUCUUAAUGGAAGUGUGCAAGGCAUCACAUAACAAACCAGUCUCUCACUGACUCAGACAUUCAUUGUGUUCAUCGCCUCCAAGUAACUGACUUUCACUCACUUUGAAUUUAACAUGCACAAUGGAAAGUCGUGCAUAAAUAACCAUUUAUACAAACAUAAAUGCAUCCAACGGGUAAAACGAGCAUCCAGAGAGCAAGUCACCAAAACAUUGCCAUUUUUCUUUUUUAAAACAAAAUGAGCCAGUUGGCUUUUAUUUUUCAUGGUGAAAGCCAAUCAAAUUAAUGAGUGUUUGAUGUGGCCAUUUGUAUGUGUUACACAACAUCUGACAAGACCCUGAGUACUUUCCCCACUGCUGUAAAUCAUCCCUCAUUCAAGUAGACUUACACAGCUCUCCCUUACUUCCUCCUCUCAUUCCUUCCAAAAUCCACUUCUAAAGAAGAUAUCAGAGAUGGAAUGUGAAAAUCAUGCUAUUGUUGUUGCAUUCGAUGCAAAUGCACUUUCUUGUAAGACACAAUAACAAAGUACAUAGUAAUUAUAAUUGCUUUUUCAUAGAUUUAUUUAUUUGCACUUUUUUGGUGGCAAUGAAAUGAUUAAAAUGAUAAAGCAACAGA